CCUUUUCGCUCUCUCUUUCUCUCUCUCUUGCUCUCGUUCUCUCUCGCUCUCAGGCGUCCUAAUGAGAGAGGGAGAGAGCUCUGUCGUGGGCUAAUAUGAAGGAAGCGCAGAGCUCUGUGCAGUAAGUUUGCUAACUCUUAAAAGAGAUGCAUGGCGAUUAUUAAAUCAUGUUGGAUCUGUCUUAUCUCUGCUAUGUUGCAUGCCGAGAGAUGGAGAGCAGUUGGCAAGGAAGAAUGCCCUUUAACCUUUAAUAUGGCAUGAAUAUGCUGUGAUGGACUUCAUCUAUCGGUGGAAUGAGUGUCAUGGGACAUUAAGACCAUUCUGUCAUGGGAGACUUGAGAGAUGAGUACGGGCAGUGAAGACGACAGGAAGGAUGACCUCUAUAAGCUGUAAGCCCCUACCGUGCUCCAGAGAUGUGCUGUGUAAACACUAAUGUGCUCUGAAUCCACAAUGCUCCGGAGGUGGCUGUUAGCUCUGGUGGCCCGUGUUGGGGUCAUAGCACUAGUGGUGUGCUGCUGCCUGUCUCUACUCUACCUGCUGGCCUGCAAACCCCAGAGCAGCUACAGCCAUGAACAGGCCCAGGUCUGGGCUGUAGGAGCCACCAGUAAAGAGGGUUACCUGGCGCUACUGCAGGAGAGCGAGGACACACACAGGCACUAUAUUAACAGUCUCAGUAAGCAGAUAGCUCAGCUCAAAGAGGCUCUUCAGAUGAGGACCCAGCAGCUGCAGGAGUCUCUGGAAAAGGCCAGGGCCAAAGGGGUUCUACCUAUGGGGCUGGAGGGUCUGCAUAGGCCCCAGACACACACCGACCUCCAGGAGUUCUUCAAGGCCCAAUUGAGCCGGGCUGAGGUCCAGUCUGGUGAGAAGUUGCCCAGUGAGUACGCCGUGAUUCCCUACGAAAGCUUCACCCUGCACAGGGUGUACCAGCUCGAGAUGGGUCUGACCCGUCAUCCAGAGGAGAGGCCUGUGAGGAAGGACCGGAGAGACGAGCUGACAGGCACGCUAGAGAUAGCCCUGCAGGUCCUCAAUGGACCCCGGAGACACGGGGAGCGACACCGACGCUCCUAUUCACCAUCGGACUUCAUAGAGGGGCUGACCCGUACAGAGCGUGACAAGGGGACAGUGUAUGAGCUGAUGUUUAAGGGCGAGAGGCCGCAGGACUUCAGACAGCUGGUGUUCUUCAGACCCUUCGGCCCGGUGGUCAGGGUGAAGAAUGAGAGGGUGGACACACGCCACAUGCUCAUCAACAUCAUAGUACCACUGUCCAGGAGGGCUGACACAUUCAGACAGUUCAUCAACAACUUCAGAAAGGUGUGCAUCCAGCAGGAAGGGAAGACCCACCUCACUGUGGUCUACUUUGGCAGGGACCAGAUUGACGAGGUCAAAGCCAUCAUGGAUCAGACAUCCAGGGAAACCCAGUUCCGAAACUUCACGCUGAUCCAACUGAAUGAGGAAUUCUCUCGUGGGCGGGGCUUAGAGGUGGGCGCACGGGCCUGGAGGCGGAGCCACAACGUGCUGCUGUUCUUUUGCGAUGUCGACAUCCACUUUACCCUAGACUUCCUCACAUCCUGCAGACUCAAUGCAGAGCCUGGUAAGAAAGUGUUCUACCCAGUUCUCUUCAGUCAGUACAAUCCAUCUCUUAUCGACAAUAACCAGAGUCCCUUCCCUUCUAUUCAACAACAACUGGUGAUAAUGAAGGAUGCUGGAUUCUGGAGAGAUUUUGGGUUUGGCAUGACUUGCCAGUAUAGGUCUGAUUUCAUCAACAUAGGUGGGUUUGACCGGAACACCAAAGGCUGGGGUUUGGAGGAUGUUCAUCUAUACAGAAAGUACCUGCACAGCAAGCUGAUGGUGAUUCGAUCUCCCUCCCGUAGCCUCUUCCACUUGUGGCAUGAGAAGCAAUGCGCGGACGAGCUGCAGCCAGACAAGUAUAAGAUGUGUAUGCAGACCAAGGCCAUGAGCGAGGCCUCUCACGGCCACCUGGGGGAGCUGUUCUUCACACAGGAGAUCCAGGAGCACAUGGAGAGGCAGAAACUACUGAACGACUCAAGUCACUUGAGGUAGAGGUUGCCCCAUAACCACAGAUCUAAGAUCAGAAUACCCUACCCCUUAUCCUAGCCUUAACCAUUAGGAGGUUGAACUAUAUCUGACCCUGGACAUGUGGUCAGGGUUAGGAUAUCAGAACGUCUGGAGAGGUUCUGUUGAGAGAACAAUGAUCUCAUCAUCCUACAGACGGAAUUUAAGGACUGGGGAGGGCGUGUAGAGGGAUGAGACAUGAACUUUGUCAUGACAAGAUUAAAAUGUUAUUGAAUGAAACAUUGAUGUGAUGUCAUUGCCAUUUUGCUGACGGAUGAUGAUGGCCUAAUGAUCUGAUGAGUCUGUUCUAUAAGCAUUUGGUUGAAAAGACGUUGCAAAGAUGUCUUUCAACUUCUUGUGCUCACUGGGUGAAAGCAGGGAGGGCAGAAGAACCUUACCCACUUUGUUGUAUUGAGACUGUCAACCUGCUAUGGACUCAAUGAAAAUAAUAUGUUUGUAUAAAUCAAGGGAAGGAUGUUUUUGUAUAACACUCUGUAUUUAUAACUGUAUCUGAAUAUUUAUUAGAAUAAUACAAGAUCAUAAUGCCUCAACCAACCAACUGACUUGGAGCCCAUUACCUGGAUAGAAGGAUCAAGAAGCCUAAUUAAAAGAAUGCGGAUU